GGCAUCCUCAACGCUGCUGGCUCCAAGUUCACACCCACCUCAGGACGCCCAGGGCUGUGCUGAAGUCAGGACCAGAGGGAGCCGGGACUAGGUCACCUCCUCCCAUGCUGCCCUUCUUCCCUGGGAGGCAGCUAGCCCCAGGGCCCAGGCUAGUGCUGGCUCAGUUCCUUCUGGCCAGCUCAGCACUCUAGCCUAUGCCCUCCCUGUGGGAUUACUGAAACUCUUUGUUGGGGUCAGGCCACAGACCACACCCCCUACCAGAGGCUUCCAGGCCUGUGGGCUCUGCUCUGGGGGAAGUGCAGAGACCAGGAGUCAGUCAAAGGGAGCUGUGGCUGACAACAGUGGCUCCAGGGGUAUCGAGGGCUGAGAUCAUCUUGGGGCCCCCUCACUCUGCCCAGACAAGUCACUCUGCGGCCUGCUUUCCUCCCCUCCUGGCCUCUGUCCCUGAGCCCUGAAAGGGGCUCCUAGGCAUGGAGCAGGGCAGGGUGUCAUGAAGCCAGUGUGGGUCAUCAUCCUUGGGUGGAUCGCGCUGGUGCUCAGGGUAGGGGCUGCCAGGAGAGGAACCCCGGAAGAGGCAGCUUUCUACUACGGAACCUUUCCGCCUGGCUUCUCCUGGGGCGUGGGCAGCUCUGCCUACCAGACAGAAGGUGCGUGGGACCAGGAUGGGAAAGGACCCAGCAUCUGGGAUGCCUUCACACAUGGCGGGAAGGGGCAGGUGCCAGCAGACACAGCAGAUGCAGCCUGUGACAGCUACUAUAAAGUUCAGGAGGACAUCGCCCUGCUGAAGGAGCUGCAAGUCAGCCACUACCGAUUUUCCCUGUCUUGGCCGCGGCUCCUGCCCACAGGUGUCAGAGAUGAACAGGUGAACAAGAGAGGGAUCGAAUUCUACAGCGAUUUCAUUGAUGCCCUGCUGGAGAGCAACAUCACCCCCAUUGUGACCUUGCACCACUGGGAUCUGCCACAGAUGCUCCAGGUCACAUAUGGUGGGUGGCAGAACGCGAGCAUGACCCGGUACUUCAGGGACUAUGCUGACCUCUGCUUUGAGGUCUUCGGAGACCGAGUGAAGCAUUGGCUCACAUUCAGUGAUCCUCGGACAAUGGUAGAAAAAGGCUAUGAGACUGGCCUCCACGCACCAGGCCUGAGGCUCCAGGGCACUGGCCUGUACAUGGCUGCACACCAUAUAAUCAAGGCGCACGCCCAAGCUUGGCACUCUUACAACAACACAUGGCGCAGCAAACAGCAAGGCCAAGUGGGGAUCUCACUGAACUGUGACUGGGGAGAACCUGUGGACACCAACAGCCCCGACGACAUUGAGGCUGCUGAGAGGUACCUACAGUUCUGCCUUGGCUGGUUUGCCAAUCCCAUUUACGCUGGUGACUAUCCCCAAGUCAUGAAGGACCACAUUGGAAUGAAGAGUGCAAAGCAAGGCCUGGAGACAUCGAGGUUGCCUGCGUUCUCCCUUCAGGAGAAGAGCUACCUUAAAGGCACAUCUGACUUCCUGGGACUGGGCCAUUUUACCACUCGAUACAUCACUCAGAGGAAAUACUCCUCCCUCCAGGGUCCCAGCUACCAGAAUGACCGUGACUUGGUAGAGCUUGUAGACCCCAACUGGCCAGAGAUGGGGUCUUCAUGGCUCUAUUCUGUGCCAUGGGGAUUCAGGAGGCUUCUCAACUUUGCUCAGACUCAGUAUGGUGAUCCUCCCAUACUCGUGACAGAAAAUGGAGCAUCCCAGAAGUUACACUGCACUCAAUUCUGUGAUGAGUGGAGAAUUCAGUACCUCAAAGGAUACAUAAAUGAAAUGUUAAAAGCUAUAAAAGAUGGCGUGAAUAUAAGAGGGUACACUUCCUGGUCUCUGCUGGAUAAGUUUGAAUGGGAGAAAGGCUAUGCAGAUAGAUACGGAUUCUACUACGUUGACUUCAGUGUGAGACACAAGCCUCGCUACCCCAAGGCGUCGGUUCAGUAUUACAAGGAGAUCAUCACAGCCAAUGGGUUUCCAAACCCACGAGAGGUGGAAAGCUGGCGUCUCCAAGCUUUGGAAACUUGCUCCAUCAACAACCAGAUGCUUGCCACAGAGCCCUUGCUCAGGCACAUGCACGUGGCUUCAGAAAUCGUGGUCCCAACAGUCUGUGCCCUCUCCAUCCUCAUUGCUGCCCUGCUGUUAACACUUCUCUUCAGGAGCUGCAGCUGAGACAAGAUCUCAUCUCCAC